AUGUUCUCUGUGUUCGACAUUUUAUAUUCCAUUUCUGAAAUUUUAACACCAAUUGGUGUCCAGGGAAACCGAUAUGGUGUUGUGAUUUUUGUAACCGAUGGUUUAUUUUUCGAAUAUCCAGAGCUUGGACAAAAAGCCAUGGCCAUACGAUGUGGAUUCAUUUCUGUCAGUUACGCUCUACUGAUAAUUCACUUCGUUUAUCGCUACCUAGCACUUUUUCACCCCCAUAGUCUCUGGCGACUUUUCCAACCUAUUGGCUUAUCAAUCAUUAUCACUUUUGUCUCUCUACAUGCCUUGUCUUGGUCUUUGAUUUGCCAAGAAUGUCUAGCCGCCGAUGACGAAAUUCGAAAAAUUGUAUCUUUUGAUUUCAUUCAAGAAUAUCGAGUUGCUUCCAAAAAUGUUCCAAUGUUAGCUGUUCUGUAUUGGAAUGUUCGUUGGGAAAUUCGGCUCCGUAGUUGGUUUGGAAUCAUUUUGCUCACAAUUAUUUCAAUGUAUUCGAUGAGUGUGUACUUCAUUCUUGGCUACAAAAUCACGAUGAAAAUAAAAAGUAUCACAUUUGAGCAGACGCUAAGUGCGACGAGCAUACGAUUACAAAGACAGCUUUUCGUGACGUUGGUUGUGCAGACCUCCAUUCCAAUCAUUGGAAGUUUUCUACCUACAGUAAUCUCGUGGUACGCCCCAAUUAUCGGGAUUAACAUUGGCUGGUGGAACACAAACGUGGCUACCGUAGCCCUGGCCGCGUUUCCGUGCAUAGACCCGAUGGCAGUGAUUCUCUUGGUACCUAAUUAUCGAAAUGCUAUGAUCAAAAGAAGUAUGCCACCAUCAGAUACAAAUAUUUUGGGGAAUCAAAUGAAUGUAGUUCCCAGAAACAGUAAUGUUGUUUUCGAGACUCGAGAGAUAAAUGUGACUUGA